AUGAAGCGCCUCCUCGCCCUGCUCCUGCUCGCGCCCCUCGCGGCCGUGGCAUCCGCAUCCGUCCAAAUCGCCAUCAAGUCCCCGCGGCCAGGGGCGACGCUGCACCGCCAGCGCCCCAGCGAGAUGGUGGUGCAGACGCCCAACAACGACACCACCGCCGCCCGCGAGGUCUCCCUCGUGCUCAGCGUCGUGCCCUGCCCGGAGAGCGCCUGCCCCAACGCCGGCGACGGCCUGGGCACCGUCCUCUACGCCGGGCCCUUCCGGCCCGUUGCCCCGGCUGCAGCCCCCGGCGCCCCCGCCGGACCCCCCGAGCAGGCGUUCCAGGUCGACGUGCCGGCGUCGUUUCCCGUCGGGCCCGCCGAGCUGCUGGCCACGCAUUUCGUGCUGACGGGGGACAAUCUUUCGCCGCUUUUGCAGAUUGCCGGCGAAGUCGUCUUUGUGGUAUGA